AUGACUGAUGUUAAAAAUGAUUUUAAGUUUGGAGAUUCAAGCAAAUACAGGCGACAUAGUUCACUAUCUGGUUUAAAAGGUGUCAAAGAUAAAAAGUUGAGAAGCAAGUUGGCUUUACAACAACAAAUAUUUCAUACAGCAUCAGAGAGAUUGGCGAAUAGUGAAAUACUUCUACCUGAAACACCUGGCUUUCUUGAGACUGAGGGUUUAGAAAAAAGUUUUUCAAUAACUCAAAAUGAGUUGAGCAAAAACAUCAGUAUAGGGGCAGUAAACAAACGUUUUUCCUUAGAUUUGUCUUCUGGCCCUUACUCUGUAAAUUAUUCUAGAAAUGGAAAUCAACUUUUAAUGGGAGGAAGAAAAGGCCAUAUUUCAAUGUUGGACGUAUCAAAUGGAGCCCCCAAUAUCCUGCUUGAGUUACCUUUAGAGGCUGAACAAAUAAAUGAUGUACAAUUUCUUCACAACCAUACAUUGUUUGCUGUAGCUCAAAAAAAGUAUAUUUAUGUUUAUGACCGUGAAGGAAUAGAAAUACAUUGUAUACGUGAUCAUGUGAUGUCACCCUACAAGCUGGAUUUUUUACCUUAUCACUUUUUACUAUGCAGCAUUGGAGAGUUUGGUGAGCUUAAGUAUCAAGAUAUUUCCACUGGCCAAGUUGCAGCCUUACACAAAACUGGGAGAGGACCCUGUCAUAUUAUGAAGCAUAAUCAGUAUAAUGGAGUAAUACAUUUAGGGCACAGUGACGGAGUGGUUUCCCUUUGGACUCCGAAUGUAUCAACUCCAGUAAUGGAAAUUUUUGCGCAAAGAGGCGGAGUCACUGCUCUAGAUAUCAAUAAUAAUAGCUUGAUUACUGCAGGUAAUGAUAACUCUUGGAAGGUUUGGGAUAUUCGAAAAACUUCUAAUUACACUCCUCUUUAUAGCUAUAAUUCGUUUGGAAGCUCAGUUAGGUCCGUUUCAAUUUCUGGCACUGGAUUAGUGGCUUUGGGCUUUGGUAGCCACAUUCAAAUUUGGAAAGACCUAUUUUCCAAAUCGAAACAAAAAAUGCCUUACAUUACUCACAAUCACCCAGGAGUUCGUGUUUCUGAGGUUGAAUUUCAACCUUGGAAUGAUGUCUUAUGUAUUGGGCAUACUCAUGGCAUUGAAACAAUGAUUGUUCCUGGUGCGGGAUAUGCAAACUUUGACUCUAGAGAGUGUAAUAUCUUUGAAACAUCAAAACAAAGAAGAAACAGAGAAGUUAGAAUGCUAUUAGAAAAGCUUCCUGCGUCCACUAUUACAUUGUAUCCUGACCUAAUCGGGAAAAUCAAUAAAACUCCUCGUGUCGUUGACGACUUGGAAGAAAACACUCAAGACGAGAAUAAGCUUUCCAAACAAAAGAAGAAAAAGAACAAAAAGAGGGGAAGGUCAAAAAUAACCAACGUUCUCAAAAAUAAGCAAAUUGCCUAUUCAAAUAUGGUUAGAAGCAAGGCCAGCAAAAUUGCAGCUCAAAGAAGGGAAAUGAAGCAAAAUGUUGAAACAACUAAUACCAGCUCUUCAGCUGAAACUACCAAGGCAACUAAAAAAACAGUGACUAGAAAUGCACUAGAGAGGUUUAAAACACUCUAG